UUGGAAUAGAAAACUUACCAUAUUUGACGUUGCUGGCUUGUGGUCAAAAUAAAGAUAUUGUGGGUUUAUUGAAUUAAAACAAUACAAUGACUGUGUAAAACUAAAAGUUAUCACAUUUUUGUUUAAUUCUUGUGUGCUAAAAGUGAAAUAUGGUGACAAUGGAUGCGUCCAAAGUGACGAGUAAAACUAGCUCGUUGAAGGCACUGAUCCUCAAAGCUUGGAGGGAGCGGUGGACGGAUAUACAAUGGGGAAUCAACAUCAAGACUAUUCUCCCGCGGGGAGUUAGCGGUGAUCUGUAUAACCUAGCAGACUGCAUACUUCAACAAGCGAUGGUUGGCUGUGGAGCAAAUCAGUUAGUGAUAUCAUAUUUGAAACAUUCACUGGCAUCUCAUCUUGUCUCGUAUGCCGCAGUUUUGCAAAGAAUAGCAAAAUUUGAUGCAUUUCAUAAACCUCAUUGCAUCAUGAGCUUACUUGAGUUCUUGGAAGGUGUCCUUGAUGGCAUAACCUGUCGUGGCAAAAUGGAAGAAGAGGUAUUGUCGUUUGCUGUGUCAUCGAUAAUCCUGUGGCUGUUGCAAGUAUACCAUUACUGUCUCAGCAAAUAUCCAUCAUCAAAUCCUAUUCAAAGUCAAGAAUUAUUGGAAAAGUCCACAUCUCUGUUAAACUCUAUAAUAAAUGCUGAUUUUUUACUAGCCAUGUUCUAUUUGGCUAAACAGAAUGAUCCUAAAGAGUACAAUGAAGUCACAAAGAAAUGCCAGGAAAUCACAGCAUUUAUGAUGAUGAACACUCAGUUUAAGGCGCCUGUCACUAUACACGAGACAUUACAAAAGAUAUGCAAUAUGGAUAUUGAUAAAAUAGCACCAUUGAACAAUAAGCCCGAGCCAGUAACUCAUUGCUUACAAGCACUUAUAGCGGUUAAUGUGCUAUCUAACCCUAGUGCUAAUAUGCAACAGUUAUCCAGUCAGCUACUCAUGGUACAGCGAAUUAAAGGAUACCCAUUAUCAAGACUAUACUGUGAACUUAUUAGAGCGAGUUUUAUUUCCCUCAAUGAUUCAAGCAAGGAUUCUACAACACAAUCUUUGUGGGCUGCCUUUACUUUCCUGAAAGUACCACAAGUCAUUCAUUAUCUACACAAUCUUUGUGGUACUACAGCUAAGGAUAGUGAAUAUUCAAUAGAAAUUGCUGAAGCAUUUGAAAAACUGCUACAGUCAACACCACUUUUAGAUGUUGUUGAUACAAAGAACAGUUGCAAUAGUAUAGUGUCCCUUUUAGAACCUUUAGUCAAACUAAAUGUAGUAUCGGAAAACCAUUUGGCAUACUUCAAACAAAAGCGAGAACACAAAGAUGUUAAAUUGCAAAAGUUAGAACCAACUGGCCUUCAGGGUUCAGUUCCAUUGUUUAUUACUAGAGCAGAACCGACUUUAACAGGCAUUUUGAAAACUUUGGGUGGUGAUUGUCACAAAACACAGGACUCCUUAUAUGCUAUGCUGUGUCAAAUCGUAGUUGGUGGGACUACUUUAGAUACCAUACUAGCUGUUGCAACUGUAGAAGGAAAGUUGAAACUAUUUGUAUCUAGAUUGAUCAAGUUCAAUGAAUUUGCAUUACUCGCUGCAAAUGAAAAAGGCGCUCCUCAAUCCAAGGCAUACAUUUUUGAUAUUUCAUUUUUGAUUUUGUGUUCCAUUGUUCAGGAUUAUGGCGCUGAUGCUGUCUUAGAUGAAAAUGGAGACUCAUUCUUCGAAAAAUGGGUAAAGGAAUGCAUGGCUUAUCAGGGAGUUCAUAAAUCUCCAGAUCAGAUCCUCCAAAAAUGCGAUCCACAACUUGUUGAAAUAUUUAUUAGUCAUUUAAGUGCACCAGAAUUUGACUUCAAAAAUACUAAUAUUAAAGUUCAUGAUCUAUGCAUUAAUGUCAGUGGAGUGAUAAAAGAAAUUUUGAUUGCUUGGGAACAUGGUUCAUUAACGGCUUCAGAAGUCAAAUGUAUGUUGGAUUCCUUGAGACAGAAAAUGGCAUGUUUGGCGGUAUGUGCUUCGGUAUGGUUAUGUUCUUACAUUAACGUUGUCAGUCAAGAAGCGUUUUUAAAACCUAUCAACAUGGUUCAACAAUUUCUGGUAGCCCCAACUGAAGGUGAGUUGACACAAAUUGAUAAAUUCAAGGAAAGAACUGUUUUAAUGUGUCAAAUUGUAAGAAAGAUGCAAUAUGAUAUUCACCCACCUUCAUUGCCAAAGUCGAAAGCUUUAGUUUUAACUCAUAACAUUAUAUCAAGGCAACCCAUUUUGGAACAAUUACAAUCAGUUUGGGAGGAUAUCAAAACAAGAGGAUAUCUACAUAUUGAUUCCACACAUAUAGUACAAAGUCUUUUGAAUACGACAGGUCCAAUUUGGUUCGUUACUAAUUUAGUUAAAGAAACUCUGAAAUUCAGAUACCAGGAAGACCUGGAUAGGUCGAUUGAUAUUGUUCUCGCAAUGUUCCACUUGGAUAUCGAGAAAUGCACAGAGGCUCUUUUGCUUCAUGUUUUGCCACAAUACUUGUAUAAUGCUAAGUUAUGUGAGGAUUUAGUAGAACCUCAAUGUGCAGUAUUAGCAAAACUGGCAGUUUACUCCAUUUAUGCUGCUCUGGAAUACAGUAAUCUGAACAAAGGGCAGCCGUCUAGAAAGCGUCGUCAUGACGAUGCAGAAGACUUGGAUAUGUGUAGCUCGUCUAAGGUUAGAAGGCUGAACGAUAAUUCUUCUGAUAGUAUGUAUUACUCCCAAGGACACACUGUUUCGGGGACCACAUUAAAAGAACCAUUACUUUCGGCUCUAGAUACGUUGUACACGUCAUUUUCUCAACUGGCGGGAAAAAAUGGCGAUAUUACUCCGCAAACAGAUUUUAUACUGCAGUUCCUAGUUUAUGUUGUACAAUGUGGCCAAGAUAGAGCUCCAUUGGUUUUGCAAAAGAUGCCAAGUGAACUUGUACCGACACUUAUAAAGUGUCUGCCUGAUGGUUUCAAUAUAAGUUUGAUACUUCGCUUGUAUGAUUUGUCGACUCCUUAUGGUCGAAAAGAUACUGCCAGAGAUUUAUGUCUGAUGAGGAAUAUGCGCCUCAGACCUGAUUAAGAUGUAUAAUUAUUUAUAAGAUAAUUUUAUUAUGUAAUCAUUAUUAUUGUCGCAAUUUUGUCGUAUUUCAAUGGGUAUAUGAAAAUAUAA